AAAAGUCAGUUGACCCGAUUUCUUCAGUGAGGUAGCAGUUUUUGACCUCAGUUCGUCCGUUCGCGGUAACAAAAGUGCAAAAUAGUGUUUUUGGUGGCAAAAUCGUGGAUCCACCUUGCAGAUACUUAAUCCAAUCGACAGAGGAGUAGUUUAUCAGUGGGAUUUGCAAGAAAUCACCUAGUCUAGGAUAUAAUGCUUCGAACGAUAGCUGUCCGAAAUGAAAGUCUCCUCCGUAACUCCCUCAAUCGCGCCCUGCGCCUCAAUUCUGCCCGUUGCGCCUCAACAGAGUGCUUCCGGAGGAUCCAGAGUCACAGAUUCGUGAGCAGGAGCGUCCGAAAGCCCCUGGACACUGUGCCAUGGCAAAUGCAAUCACUGCGCGCCUACUGCUCAGAUCUGCCGUCCCAUGUCAAAGUCCUGCUCCCGGCUCUGUCGCCGACGAUGGAGCUGGGCACAAUUGUGAGUUGGGAGAAGAAGGAGGGCGACAGACUAAAUGAGGGCGAUCUCCUGGCUGAGAUCGAGACGGACAAGGCCACCAUGGGCUUCGAGACGCCCGAAGAAGGCUACUUGGCCAAGAUUCUCGUGGCUGCUGGGUCCAAGGAUGUUCCUAUUGGGAAGCUGGUGUGCAUCAUUGUUGAGAAUGAGGCAGAUGUGGCGGCAUUUAAGGACUACAAAGACACCGGAGCUCCCCCGGCACCCAAGGCAGCUGCUCCUGAAGCUCCUGCAGCUGCAGCUCCUGCUCCACCGCCAGCUCCAGCCCUUGCCCAAGCACCUCCUCCGCCACCUCCAGCAGCAGCUCCUCCGCGACCCAUGACAGCAGUUGAACAGAAGGGACCACGAGUCUAUGCCUCGCCCAUGGCCAAGAGGCUGGCAGAAGCCCAGCAGCUGCGUCUGGAGGGUCACGGAAGUGGCAUUUACGGGUCCUUCAAAGUUGCAGAUCUGGCUGGAUUGAGUGCAGCUCCGGCCGCAGCAGCUGCUCCUCGUCCAGCUCCCGGACAAGCCUUCAUUGACAUCCCAGUGUCCAACAUCCGGGGAGUCAUUGCUAAACGCCUGCUCGAGUCCAAGGUCACAAUCCCUCACUACUACCUCACAGUGGACAUCAACAUGGAAGCAGUGCUGAAGCUGAGGGCCAAGCUCAACAAGACCCUGGAGAAGAAAAAUGUCAAGCUUUCAGUGAAUGACUUUAUCAUCAAGGCGGCUGCCACGGCCAACAGAAAGAUCCCAGAAGCCAAUUCUGCCUGGCUAGACACAGUGAUUAGACAAUUCGACGCUGUAGAUGUCGCCGUUGCCGUGGCCACGGACAAGGGGCUGCUGACGCCGAUUGUGUUUGGAGCGGACAGGAAGGGACUCGUGGACAUUGCGCAAGAGGUUAAGGUGCUGGCCACCAAAGCGAGAGAAGGAAAACUUCAGCCUCAGGAAUUCCAAGGGGGAACCAUUACGAUUUCCAACUUGGGAAUGUUCGGUAUAACACAAUUCUGUGCGAUAAUCAAUCCACCGCAAUCGUGUAUUCUGGCCACGGGAGCCACGGAGAAGCGACUGAUUCCGGAUGACGAGUCUGAAAAGGGUUUCCGCGUAGUUGAUAUUAUGUCAGCAACUCUCAGUUGUGACCAUAGACUCGUAGAUGGCGCCAUUGGAGCCAACUGGUUGAAACUCUUCCGUCAGUACCUUGAGGAUCCGAACACGAUGCUCCUGUAAAUAAAUCUUCAGCCUCGUGUGUUCACAAAACAGACAACACUUCACCAGCUGCACAAUCUCUUCCCCUUUCAAAUCUCAUUUCAUUUCCAAGAGUCGGAAGUUUUUCUUUUAGGAAGUUUGUUUUUUCUUAGGAAACAAAAUGGAGGACAAACGGUUAGAUGGCUUUGUGGAAGGAUUGAGGAUUUAUGCAUAAUAACAGCAACAAAAAAAGAAACCCACUUAAUUUUGACCAGAGAUAUUUGCAUUAGAUAUUACAGUGGCAUGAUAGAAGGCAAAAAAGUGUAUUAAUUUGAUUUUGCGUAGAAUGGACAAAACGAUUGAUUAGCAAAAAAAUGUAAGUAAAUGAAUCUGUGAAAAAAGCGAUCGAGUGUCUAAAAGACGUGUUGAAAAUUUUGAGUUAUUGGAGAUAUUCUUUAUUGGACGUUAUUAUUUUGUAUAAAAGAAAAAUAUAAUUUAAAAUAAAAAGAUCAUCGAAGAGUCAA